AUGAUCGAUGACCAGCUCAACUACAACAGCCACGUCGAUUACGCUUGCGAUAAGGCAGCAAAAGCCACCACAGCAUUAACCAGAGUAAUGGCGAAUAGCUCUGCGAUUAGUAGCAGAAAGAGGAGACUCCUAGCCAGCGUUUCUACUUCUGUACUCAGAUACGGUGCUCCCGUCUGGGCGGCAGGAGGAAUCACGAAAAGGAACCUGACACGGCUCAACAGCACAUACAGGUUAAUGGCUAUGCGGGUGGCAAGUGCGUACCGGACCAUUUCGAUGGAUGCGGUCUGCGUCAUAGUAGGCAUUACUCCCAUCAAAAUCUUAUUGGAGGAAGAUUGUGCCUGCUAUGGACUACGUGGAACGAUGGGAGCACGCAAGAUUGCGAGAGUCGAUUCGAUGCGAAAGUGGCAGCAGGAUUGA